AGGUGAGCUCACCUGCCAGUCCAGCUAAGGGGCAGGGCAUGUGGGCCAGGCUGGGCAGAGGUGAGUGCGAAGAGGAAGAACUGUGGAGAUCUCAGGUUUGGCUAGGCUAGAGGUUACUGUGGCUUUAACCUGUCAGCCCAGACCUAUUUGGUGCGUGCUGGUGCUAGGCUGGGUUUGAGGCCGAGAGGAAGCAAGAUCAUGAUGGAGAAGAUGUGGCCUGUGCUGUGGACACUCUGUGCAGUCUGGGUGGCUGUCGGUGCCAUCAUUGUGGAAACCCCGCAGGACAUUAUUCGGGCUUUCCGGGGAGAGAGUGUCACCCUUCCAUGCACCUACCACACUUCAACCACUGAUCGGAGUGGAUUUAUCCAAUGGGAUAAACUUCUCUGGAGUAAUUCGGAAAGGGUGGUCACCUGGAAUUUUAUGACCAAACAGUACAUUUAUGGUGGCCUUUAUGAGAACCGUGUCAACAUUUCAGCCAAUGCUGAGCAGUCAGAUGCCUCCAUCACCAUUAGCCAGCUGACCAUGGAUGACAACGGCACCUAUGAGUGUACUGUCUCACUGCUGGCAGACCUGGUUGGCACCUUAAAGUCACGUGCCCGCCUCUUGGUCCUCGUGUUACCUUCUAAGCCAGACUGCACCAUCCAGGGAGAAACUGUAAUUGGGAACGAUAUCCAGCUGACCUGCCAAUCGAAGGAGGGCUCCCCAGCCCCUCAGUACAGCUGGAAGAGCUACAAUGUCCUGAACCAAGAGCGGCCACUGGCCCAACCAGUCUCAGGCCAGCCCCUCUCCCUUAAGAACAUCUCCACAGACACAUCGGGCUACUACAUCUGCGUCUCCAGCAAUGAGGCGGGGAUGGCGUCCUGCAACAUCACAGUGGCCGUCAGAAUGCCCUCCAUGAACAUGGCACUGUACGCGGGCAUCGCGGGGGGCGUGGUUGGAGCCCUCAUCAUCAUCGGCAUCAUCAUCUACUGCUGCUGCUGCCGGGGGAGCGACGACAAGGCCGAGGACAGGGAGGACGCGAGGCCGAAUCGGGCAGCCUACCAGGAGCCACCAGAACAGCUGAGAGAGCUUUCCAGUGGGAGAGAAGAGGAGAAGGACAGCUACAGGCAUGAAGACCAGAGGGGCCAUGGGGACAGCUAUAGGAAUGAAGACCAGAGGGGCCAUGGGGACAGCUACAGGAAUGAAGACCAGAGGGGCCAUGGGGACAGCUACAGGCGUGAAGACCAGAGGGGCCAUGGGGACAGCUAUAGGAAUGAAGACCAGAGGGGCCAUGGGGACAGCUAUAGGAAUGAAGACCAGAGGGGCCAUGGGGACAGCUACAGGCGUGAAGACCAGAGGGGCCAUGGGGACAGCUAUAGGCGUGAAGACCAGAGGGGCCAUGGGGACAGCUAUAGGAAUGAAGACCAGAGGGGCCAUGGGGACAGCUAUAGGCAUGAAGACCAGAGGGGCCAUGGGGACAGCUACAGGCAUGAAGACCAGAGAGGCCAUGGGGACAGCUACAGGCAUGAAGACCAGAGGGGCCAUGGGGACAGCUACAGGCAUGAAGACCAGAGGGGCCAUGGGGACAGCUACAGGCAUGAAGACCAGAGGGGCCAUGGGGACAGCUACAGGCAUGAAGACCAGAGGGGCCAUGGGGACAGCUACAGGCAUGAAGACCAGAGGGGCCAUGGGGAUAGCUACAGGCAUGAAGACCAGAGGGGCCAUGGGGACAGCUACAGGCAUGAAGACCAGAGGGGCAAUGGGGACAGCUACAGGCAUGAAGACCAGAGGGGCUAUGGGGACAGCUACAGGCAUGAAGACCAGAGGGGCUAUGGGCGAGAAUCCCCUGCUCCCCCCGGCCGGUGA